GCAGACACACACCAUGGUUUGACAUGGCUACGAUCAAGCCCAUUGAGGGGCGUUCAGUCCACCAGAUCCAGUCGGGCCAGGUCAUCGUUGACUUGCAGUCUGUUUGCAAAGAGCUCGUCGAGAACAGCAUCGAUGCGGGCGCCACCUCUGUGGAGGUCCGUUUCAAGAACAACGGUCUCGACGCCAUCGAAGUGCAAGACAACGGCGGCGGCAUCGCACCAGCCGACUACGACACGAUCGCGCUCAAGCACUACACUUCCAAGCUGUCCACUUACGACGACCUCUCCUCCCUAAAGACGUUUGGCUUCCGCGGUGAGGCCCUGUCGUCAUUAUGUGCCCUCUCCAAAUUCCACAUCGUCACGGCCCGAGCAAGCGAUGGGCCGAAAGGUACGAGGCUCGACUUCGAGCAAUCAGGAAAGCUGAAGGGGACCUCGGUGGUGGCCGCUAAGCAGGGCACGACAGUAGUGGUGGAGACACUCUUCUACAACCUGCCUGUGCGACGCAAGGAAUUAGAGAAGAACGUCAAGAGGGAGUACAACAAGGUGCUGGCGCUAUUGAACGCAUAUGCGUGCAUCAGUGUAGGCGUCAAAUUCUCCGUUACCAACCUGAUUCCCAAGGGCAAGAAGAUAAUCGCUUUCGCUACGAACGGUAACCCUAGCACAAGAGGCAACAUCUCGAACGUGUAUGGAGCUAAGACAAUUGCCGCCUUAAUUCCUCUCGAUCUCGACUUUGAGAUGAACCCGUCCCAUCAGCCAGGCGCUACACAAAGUGCGAAGAACCGAAGUACCCAGGAUGACUCAGAUUCUCGAAAGGUCAGGAUCGUUGGUCACAUCUCACGUCCAGUUGUUGGCGAGGGACGACAGACCCCAGACCGGCAGAUGUUUUUCGUCAACUCGCGGCCUUGCAACCUGCCCCAGGUAGCAAAGGCGUUUAAUGAAGUCUACAAAUCCUACAACGUAACGCAGUCGCCCUUCAUCUUUGCAGAUAUCCAGCUAGACACUGAGGCCUACGACGUCAAUGCUAGUCCAGACAAGCGAACAAUCAUGCUGCACGAUCAGACUGUGCUCCUCGAAAGCAUCAAGGAAUCUUUGGCUGAGCUCUUUGCCGGUCAUGAUCAGAGUGUUCCACAAGGGCAGCUUCUUGGCAAGCAGCAGACCACUUUUAAGCCACCUUUGAUGCAAUCUCGAGGAAGCACAUUAUCUAUCGCGGGCGACGACAGUGGCAUUGCAGAUGGGGCAGUUGGAGCUCCAUCUGAUGCAAGAAAAAGAUUUGGCGUGCCCAUACCUGAGACGCCAGGCGACGCUCUUCCAGGGUUUGUGAAAGCCAGCCUGAUCGAGAGUUUCGCGGAGCGUGAUGCUCAAGACCGAGUGGCUAAACGGCUACCCAGACUUCGGAGGAGCAGCUCUCAGGAAAAUAACAACGUGAUCGAGGAGCGCAUAUUCCACCCGAGCGUUAGGCGGCAAAGUGCAAUGGAGGAGCCUGAUGGUGCCACGAACGUGCCACAAUCCAGAUCUCAAUCGCCGCUUUUUGAACCCGAGCAGCCAACAUCGCCAUCUCGCAUGAAUAUUGAACCGCCUUCGAAAGCGGUACAGGACUUCAAUGCUCGUAUAGCGUCCAUUCAUGCCCGACAAGUCGAGCGUCAACGAUCGCCGAGAUCCCCAGGUCCUACUUCAGCGGAUGCUGAUGGCGACGAGGAACCCAUUUCGGCGAUCAAGCAAACCCCUCAUAAGGCAUUGUCUCAAAAUAGCAUACAAAAUGCCUUCGACCGCAUGCGCCCUAUGCGGACUCCCCUUCAGCAAGCGACGAUUACUAUUGGAGGCACCACAACAACGACCGCUAUAGGAAUCGGCAGUCAGUCUAGAUCUGCCAAGCGCGCCAGAAUCCAUACACCAAAGUCCUCAUUAAACGGGACGCCCCUCAGCCAAGAUCUCAAGAUCUCGCUGUUUACGAAAGGCCUUCGGGGAUUUGCAGCACCUGGUACACAAGCAGAGGUCAGUGAAGAGGAGGAUGAUGACGAACAAAACAGCAGUAUGCCGACGACAGAUCGCACACCUUCUCGAAACGCUAAGGCAACCUCGAGGGCAUUUGAGGAGCCUCUUGCUGAUGAACUGUUGGGAUCUUCAAGCGCGCCGCCACCCCGUGAACCCGUCGCAAACCCGCCUGAUCGCGACUCGCUGAUGCCUGACGCUGAGGAGGUGGAUGCCUCCGACAAAGAGUACGUCGACGAAGAAACGAAGAAGGCUCGCGAAGAUGCCAGAAUAGCGCGUCUCAUUGCUGAGGCUGAAGAGGCGGCUGCUCGCCCAACAGAUAUCAACGUCAAGCGGGCAAGCAAGCUUUUCAAAGUAUCCCACAGCAAACACUCCAUCAUUUAUCUGGACCGCGUCGUGGAAACCAAGGUUGAAUUGAUAGCGCGGCACCUGCACAACAUCCAGACUAGUCUUGAUGAGGCAGAUGCGAAGUUUGACGCAGGGGCAAUGCUGCCUACAAGCAUGCAGUUUAACAAAGAGGAUCCUGAAGAACGACUCAGUCUCACCGUGACGAAGAGAGACUUCAACGAGAUGCAGAUCAUUGGCCAAUUCAAUCUCGGUUUCAUUAUCGCUGUUCGACCUCCUACCUUGACAUCGCCCACCUCCGACCUCUUCAUCAUUGAUCAGCACGCUUCAGACGAGAAGUACAACUUCGAGCGCCUCUCCGCUACUACCGUGCUUGUCUCCCAGCGACUCGUGCAUCCGCACCCCCUCGAGCUCACUGCUGUCGAGGAGGAGAUAAUUCUGGCCAACGAGCACUCAUUGACAGCUAAUGGUUUCGUUGUCGAGUUGGAUACCUCCUACGAAGAGCGUCGCGCUAAACUCACAAGUUUGCCCAUGUCGAAGGAAGUAACGUUCACACCGACAGACCUCGAAGAGCUACUAGCUCUUGUCAUGGACAACCCACCGUCGUCGUCGACGUCCACAUCGCCGUACAUUCCGAGGCCUAGUAAGGUGAGGAAACUGUUGGCUAGUCGCGCAUGCAGAAGCUCUGUGAUGAUUGGAAAGACGCUGCAGAACGCGCAGAUGGAGAACAUUGUGAGACACAUGGGCAGCAUGGAUAAGCCAUGGAGCUGUCCUCAUGGGCGUCCGACGAUGAGGCACUUGUACGGGCUGGAGAAGUGGCAGGGGUGGAACGAGGGGGACGGCGUUGCUGGCGCUGACCUGCGGGGUGAGAAGGCGGACUGGGCACGGUUUUUGAAGAAGCAUAGAGUCCGCUGAAGGCUGACGGGGUCUAAUAAACUGCAUUCUUAGCGAUGCCUUCACUGUUCAUAUUUCCAAAACAUGCACAACCUUGUACGAGGGGAUACAAGAGGCGUACUCGCUUUACGAAGAAGCUCAUUUUUUUGAGGAAUCAAGCAACGCGCACGGUCCACGAACAUGAUUUCCGUUCGCAACGCCCAUAGUAAUCGCCACCAAAACAAUGAACGCAACGC